AGUGCGAGGCCGCCGCUCUCCCCCUCAGCGCUGAGGAGGCGCCGCCAUUUUGUGAGGCCGCCGCCGCCGCCGCCGCCAGCAGCGCCAUGCGUCCCGGCAUCAAACUCUUCGUGGGCAAUGUCCCCGAGGAAGCGACGGCGGAAGAACUGAGCGAACUGUUCUCCGGGGUGGCCGGCCCGGUGCUCGGCAUCGCCCUCAUGAAGCAGUUCGCUUUCGUCCACCUCCGGGACGAAGCGGCGGCGGCCCGCGCCAUCACGCAGCUCAACGGGCACCAGCUGCACGGCCGCCGCAUCGUGGUGGAGCCGUCCCGGCCUCGGCCCACCAACACCUGCAAGAUUUUUGUCGGCAACGUCUCGGCCGCCUGCACCAGCGGAGAGCUGCGCUCGCUCUUCCAGCAGUACGGCACCGUCGUGGAAUGCGACGUGGUCAAAGGUACAAUUCAGACCGCCGUCUCACUGAGCUCUCAGAUUACCGCCGCUUAGCGGACUCGCCCCUCGCGUACCGCCGCUCGCCGACAAAGUCCCCGAUGGAUUACCGCCGCCUGCCGGAAGCGCACGCCGCCGAUUACGCCCGUUACUCGGGCGCCUACGGCGAUUACCUGCCCGCGGCCCGCGUGCACUCGGGCUACCAGCGCCGCCUGUAGCGUGCCCUGCGCCGGCCCCUCC